CCGGCUCCCUAUUUUAAUUACGCCUUUUCUCCUUUCUCUGAAACCCUAGCUCCUUCGUAGAAAUUCUCCCUCUUCACAAUCAACUAAUUUAUUGUCAGAUCUUGUAUCGCUCCUUCCUCGAUUUCCUCGAUUUCCUAUAUCCACUGCUGCUGCGGAUCUUGCGUUCCGAAAGAUCGAAGCUUUUUGUUUGUUGUUCUUCCGAUCUCGAUUUACUUUUCUUUUCAAGAGACCUAUUGGUUUUAUUCUCAAUGGCAUCUUUGGAUAUGUCGUUGGAUGAUAUGAUAAAGAACAGGAAAACUAUUGAUAAAGCAGGCAGAGGAAAUGGCAGGCCCCGUCGUGGAAGAGGGGCAGCUGGGCCAUCCAGAGGCGGACCCAUCGGUGGGAGAUCGUCAUUUGGGGCUCCCCGCAGAAAUCCACUUGGAGUAAAUGCUCGUCCGUCACCGUACAAGAUUGCCAAGUCCUUCCGAAGAACCAAGAAUCUCCCAUGGCAGAAUGGUCUGUUUGAAGACGGUCUUAAGGCAGCUGGGUUGUCAGGGUUGGAUGCUGGUACAAAGUUAUCUAUUUCCAAUUUGGAUGUUGGGGUGUCAAAUGAAGAUAUAAGGGAGCUGUUUGCUGAGAUUGGAGAGCUAAUUCGAUAUGCAAUUCACUUUGACAGAAAUGGGCGUCCAAGUGGAUCAGCUGAAGUGGUUUUUGCAAGAAGAAGCGAUGCAUUCCAAGCACUGAAGCGAUAUAACAAUGUCCAGUUGGAUGGAAAGCCUAUGAAGAUAGAGAUAAUUGGUGGCAACACGGAGAUCCCACUCUCUGCCCGUGUAAAUAUUGUUGGUGCAGCAAAUGGAAGAAAAAGGACUGUCGUCAUGUCAUCUGGACCUGUUCGUUCCAGAGGUGGCUUUACAGCACCUAAUCGUGCUUCUAUGCAAAGGGGUCGUGGUGGUUCAAACAUUGGCCGUGGUGGUGCUGGUGGCGGCCGUGGGCGUGGUGCUGCUGGUGGCGGCCGAGGGCGUGGAGGUGCUCGUUGGAGAAAGAAAACAGUGGAGAAAUCAGCUGAUGACCUUGACAAGGACCUCGAGAGCUACCAUGCCGAAGCUAUGCAAACUUGAUCAAGCAAGGCCUCUCGUUUGAUCUACUAUUAUGGUGUAUCAGUUAAAAAGUCUUUUAUCUUCAGCUUGUACAAAGUAUUGGAUGCUCUAACUACUAUAGCUCUGGUUUUCUUGUUAUUUUUAUGUUAACGGAUGCUAUUUGCUUUGUUUUGCUUGGAUGACGAACAUUGAUUCUGUUAGUUGUUGGCUUGUGUUAAUCAAGGAAAGUUAAUCUUAAUCUUUCAUUAUGUUCCUAUUAUCAGAAAUGUAGUGUUUUAGUCAUUAUUAAGUAUGUUGAAUUUUUGUUGUU